AUGGCUGGCCGUGUGCUGUUGGUGUUUGCCCUCUGCCUGCUGUGCUGCGCCGCCGGCGGUGUCGGUGCGUGGGGUGGCGGCUACUGCACGGAGAGUGACUGGAGGGACUUGAGGACGGUUGCGAGGGACAUGACGGAGGCGGAGAUUGAGGGAAAGUACUGCAGCCGCAAGCCGGAGUUUGUGACGCAGAUGCGGGCGAGUGUGCAGGCAGAGGUGGGUAGUUCUACUACGCCGUUGAUGUCUUCAGGUGGUGCGGGGGGAGGAGCGUCAGGUUCUUCUCAGCACUCUGGUGCCUCAUCCGGGGCAGGGCCGCAGAGAUCCGCGGAAGGGUUGGGGACAUCCUCUUCGCUGGUGUCGCAGUCAUCGUCAGUCCAACAGAAUUUGGGAUCUGCUGGCGACACAACC